UGGCUGUCCUGAGCUGGAAUUUCCUCACCUCAUACUACGGAGCCAAGGUUUCACGUGUGCUCGUGUGUUUACCGGGCGAAUUCCACGUGUGUGAGGCCGCUGACUCCUCCCCUGCACGGGACGGGAGGCUCCCCGCCCACCGGAGUUCAUAAAAGUUUAGCCCGUGUCCAAGUCUGAGAGAAUACUUGGAGAAGUUAUCAAGGAGCGAUUAUUAGAAUCUGUCGACCGACUUGGCUGGCUGGGUAGAAUAACAUUAGAAAGUUGUUGUGAUCCAGGAACAUUAAGGACGCAGAAAAUAACAAAUUUGUAAUUCAACAACUUUAAAAAAGAAGAAUUUCCUAGAGGACUGGACUACAUUUGGCUUGAAAUUGUAGAACGAUGGCUACUCACAAGCGGAUCCUGAGCGCCCUGGGGAACGGACAGGCCCGGAGAAACCUGUUCGGCCCAGUGGACCGAGAGCAGCUGCAGGCGGAGUACCAGGCUGCCCUGCGCAAAGAUUUGGAAGAGGCUUCAAAGCGCUGGGGCUUCGACUUCAUGUCAGACAAGCCUUUAGAGGGCAGUGAUUUCCAGUGGGAGGGCAUCCCAGGCAACGGGGUGCCACUGCUCUAUAGAUCCUGCAUGCUCGGUCUGGGUAAGACUGAAGGCAAGAGGGCGGCAGAGAAGACAGUUUCUGCCAGAAGAGGAAGGGUGGGGCCACCACAGAGCGAGAAGGAGAACAUCCCUCAGACACCAGAGAAAUGUAAACUCAGCCUGGACAACCUGGAGAAAACGCCGGACAGAGGCGAGAACACGGGGCUGAAGAGGAAACAGACAAACCUCACAGAUUUCUAUCAGGCCAAAAGAAGAGUGGUUUGGAUGCCACGCAAAUCUGGCGAGUGAUAUGUGCUGGAGCUUUUGCUGCAAAGGUGCCAACAUUCCAGGAGAACCACACAAACAGUGCUUCACUCAGGAAUCAAAUGUUCAGCACAGACUCUGCACAGCUACUCAGCAGGAGGUCGUGUUACCCGCGAAUCAUCUGAAAACAGAGGGGACCUCAUGUCAUUGCUGUAAGGUUAAUUAGGGUACUCUAUUCGCUUUGAGGGGAGGGGGUGGGGGGUUGGUGUUUUUCCCAGUGGUAAGAAGGGGACGUUUGAGCAGAGAAGAUUAACAGUAAUCUCUGGAAUCCGUGGAUUUAUACUCAUUUGGAUCAAGGGGUUGCCAAAGUGUUGACGGACAUUUCCUGCUGGGCAUUCCACGGUGCCAAAAUCGCAGUCAGGUUUAAGCCACAGGAAAAGAUGGACGAUCACAGUAACUGGAUACACUUGAACCAGGUGCUAAGUUGGUUGAAAUCAUUUUUGUCUCAUGAGGAAAUUAAGGCGUGUCCACGACAAAAGCUGCAGAGUGACUGAAAAUGGUAGAGAAUGGAUGAAGUGCCUUGGCUUGCCUUUGUUCAAAUCCACUAUUGUUUUUCUACAGUGUUGUUUUUUUUUUAAUGUGUAUCACGAGGGCUAGAAGUCUUGUUUUUUAUACUCUCCAAAGUGUGUAAUACGUUGUAUAUCGAGCUGUACAAUCAUGCUUUAUCUACCAUCAUGUACUCAUAGGAAAAUGCUUGAAAAUGUCUGAUAUCUUGAACAUGCAGUUUGCUUUGCUUAGAUUGUCAAUGACAGAAGUGCCAUCUUGUUGUCUUCCAUCCUUUCCAUCUACUGUAUGUCGACUGAUUUUCAAAGCAUGUCUUCACAGCCGCCCUGCCCAACACCAGAUAAUGUAGGUUAUGAGUGUAGCACCAUAACACUGAAACACUAUAUAUGUCAGAGAUUUAUCUAUAGAGUUUAAUAUAGCAUUGUGAAGAAACAUUGCAGUAUUGCACAUAAAUCUGAUAGCGGUGUUUAUUGAACACCCAGUAUCAAGUGCCUUUCAGGCAUUUGUUUCUGUAUUUGAAGCUCCAUUAAAGACAAUCAGAAUCAUUUAGUAAGCUAAAGUGGCGUGCUUUAUUCUUCUCUAUUCGCAAGUACAGUGCAAUUUAACCGCCAAUGUGUAACAGUCUGCCUCAAAACUGAUAGAACGUUUGUUCUCGACACUUAUUUAUGGCCAUGUUGGCAAAUUCUGCUGCUAUGGGUAAUCUGAAUGGGUGUCAAACAAAGUCACUGUAACGCUAAUCUUGUUAGCAAACACUAAAGCUAAGCAAAUAAGAGAAUUACCACAAAACAAUGAAUGCACUUCUGUUUAUAGAUGCUUGUGCACAGGUCCUACAUGUUGUUUUAUGUUAAAAGCUGCAAAUGAAAAGAUCUAUCCUUAUUUAUUGUGAGAUGCCUUGUGAUGUUUAAUUAUUAUGAGAAUUCCAGAUUCAAAUAAAAUAUUCAAAUGAA